UGAUACUCUAUUACGAUCGUUAAAUUAUAGAGUACGGAAAGGAUCUGUAUGUAAACUGUCAAAAACUGUUUUUUCAGACUUCUUUCUCAAGCAUUUCUAAAUCUGCGCAGGGUAAGACAAUAUAGAAUAAUAUGACAGACACUGAAAGUUUACGGGAAGCAAUUGCACAAUACGAACAGCAGCUAGCUCAAGUUCAAGCAACUUUGUCUGUAACUACGCAAGAAGCAGAUAGGGAAAAUUUAUUAAGUUUACAGUCAGACAUACAAGAACUCAUUACUUUAACGAAAAAAAGUCUACAAGGUGUCGAAACCUCUAGCGAAGAUUUAGACGACGACGAUGAUGACGAUGUUGAAAUGGAUGAUGAUAUGGAAGAUCCAUUGGAAAAAGAAUAUGCUUUAUUCAAGGAUGAGUUGAGGCAGCUUGAAGGCAUGAAAUGUCGAGCUCCCCAUGGUAGCAGUUGGGGAGGCAUUGGUUAUCAUAAUGCUAUGAUAUGCUCUGUUUAUCAGAAUGACAGCAUAGAAAUAAAAAAUAUGCAAGAUAUAAAAGUCAGGGUAUUUUUUCUAAAUCCAACACAUAAAGAAAUGCUUCCAUGUCCUUAUUAUUUGGAUGGAAAAUGUAAAUUUUCUGACGAAGAUUGUAGAUUUUCACAUGGAGAAUUAGUACCAUUAUCCAGUAUUAAAGAAUAUAGAGAACCAGAUUUUCAAAGUAUAAAAAUGGGUAGUAGAGUACUAGCAAAACAAAAGAAUCAAUUGUGGCACAGAUGCAUUGUAUUAAAAAUGCCAGAAAAGGAAGGAGAUGUUUUCAGAAUUAAGUUCGAAGCAAAUGGUAAUAUUGCAGAAGUUUCCCUACAAGAUCUUUUACCUCUUGAUGAUACUGACUUGGAAAUGUCAGAUACAUCUGAAGAUAGCGAGGAUGAAAGUGAUUCAACAGAGUAUUCCAAAGAAGAAAUAGUUCACAAAUCUCUUCUCACGGUAGAAAGUAACACACCAUUAGGAAAUUGGGAAAAAUAUACGCGUGGCAUAGGUAGCAAAUUAAUGGCUCAAAUGGGAUAUGUAGUAGGCACUGGUCUUGGAAAACAUUCAGAUGGCAGAAUAGAACCAGUUGAAGCAACAGUGUUGCCAGCUGGUAAAUCUUUAGAUCAUUGUAUGGAAUUACGAGAAAAUGCUGGAGGAGAUGAAAAUUUAUUUUCUGUGGAACGUAGAAUGCGGAAGCAACAACAAAAAUUGGAACAGCAAAGAGAAAAACAGUAUCAAAGAGAAAAAGAACGAGAAGAAAAUAACGUGUUUAAUUUUAUAAAUGCAACUUUAGCUAAAAUAGAAACACGAAAUAUUUCAAAAGGUAAAAAUAAUCUUAAAGCAGAAUCAAAUCGACAAUUAAACGUAGCAAGUUUUCAAAUUGGAGAAAAUAUUUUAAGACUAGAACGAGAAUCGGCGAAGUUAAAAGAAUCAUUGUCAAGACAUGCAAAAGGAAGUGUUCAUUAUAAUAACAUCAUAAUGAAAUGUAAUGAGAAACAGAAAGAACUAAUUAGUUUAAAAGCAUCUGAAAAAAGUAUUGCUGCUGAACAAGAUCAACGAAAAAGUAGAGCUAAAUUAUCUAUAUUUUGAUGUACAUAUAUUUACAAUUUUAACUUUCUACAAGAAAUUAGCUUAUGUAUUGUAUCUAUUAAUAUGUGUAAAAAAAUAUAAAUAAAUAAAUCUUAUAAUAAUCGU